AUGAUUCUGACAAAGCCUCUCCUCUUUUUGACUAUCUUGGUCCAGGUCGCUUGGGCUUCCACGAAGCCUAAAGAUGAACAAACGGUUUCACCGUCCAUGGAAAAAGUCUUUAUUUCUUCUCAAACUACUCCACCUGCAAUCGUAACCGACUUCCUCGAUACGGCUACGUAUUAUGGAGGUCAACGUUCAGAGUUGGUAGCAGAUGAUCUAUUGCAACAGGCAUUCGAUAUGGGUCUAACUCUAACAACUGUUCAAUAUGAUGCUAUUGGUGAUAUAAAAGCAUCUGAAUUCGUUCCAGGUCCACCAAAAGAUUUCCAUAAAUCAUGGGAAGAUGGUGCUUAUGCACUUGCAAUUACCUGUAACAAAUUUGGCGAUUCGAUCGUCGAAAAUCUCAACAAGAAUUGCGAUAAAUGCGGAAAAGUUUUUACGCUCGGCUUGUUUUGGGGAACAUUUAAAGGAAUGAAUUUCGAUAAGGAUGCGAUCCUGUCAGCCGGUUGUUCAGCAUUAGAGAUGGAAAAUUCCGAUAGUUGUUUCCAAAAUUUCCCAAAAGGUUGCUCUUUGAAAGCCGUAGGUGAUCCAGUGUCUUUAUGGACGGAACAAACGGUCAGAAUAGCCGAGAACUCAGGCUCAAAAGAGGAGAUCGUCGCUGCACUAAAGAAGUAUGGUCAAGAAAAGUCUCAAAAUAUCACACUUCCUUCUACUUGA